UUAGCGUGGCAGUAUGAAUAGUCCCAGCAGGCCUCGACACACAGUGCACAAGUCCAUCGCCUCUUGGCCACGUCUCGUCACAAAUCCUCUCCAACUCCUCUCCCUCCACUAUCGUUUGAAAGAUGCCCGGCAGGACCCCCUUUGACUGGAGAUCCUGUCAUUUUAACACUGAGAACUGCACACGCAUGAUAAACUGUAGUCAGACAGGACCCCCUAAGGUAUUGGAAGCAGUAGCUAAGACAUUUACCCUUUAGUUUUGUGAAGACACCUUUCUUUCAUUAUGCACUGGGGACAAGGGGGGAAUUACUAGAGCGUUAUCCCACCGCGGGCCGGGCCGGGACAGGACAGCCCCUCUGACCAGACCAUCACAGCUCUCUACUUCAAACUAGGUUUAAGGGAUAGGCUGCCUGAAGCCCCUGACAUGGUGCGUGGCUGUGUUCCCCUCGGUUUUGAUGCAAUCUGCUGUAUGCUCACGAAGGCGUACAACAUCACAACCCAAUAAACAUGACAGUCAGUCAGUUGAAGAGUUUUCAAAUAUAGAUACAGCUGUCUCCCACUUCACUGCUACCCUUACCCUCUGUCUCCAAUGUCACUGCUACCCUUACCCUCUGUCUCCAAUGUCACUGCUACCCUUACCCUCUGUCUCCAAUGUCACUGCUACCCUUACCCUGUGUCUCCAAUGUCACUACUACCCUUACCCUGUGUCUCCAAUGUCACUGCUACCCUUACCCUGUGUCUCCAAUGUCACUGCUACCCUUACCCCUCUGUCUCCAAUGUCACUACUACCCUUACCCUCUGUCUCCAAUGUCAUUGCUACCCUUACCCUCUGUCUCCAAUGUCACUGCUACCCUUACCCUCUGUCUCCAAUGUCACUGCUACCAUUACCCCUCUGUCUCCAAUGUCACUGCUACCCUUACCCUGUGUCUCCAAUGUCACUGCUACCCUUACCCUCUGUCUCCAAUGUCACUGCUACCCUUACCCUGUGUCUCCAAUGUCACUGCUACCCUUACCCUCUGUCUCCAAUGUCACUGCUACCCUUACCCUCUGUCUCCAAUGUCACUACUACCCUUACCCUGUUUCUCCAAUGUCACUGCUACCAUUACCCCUCUGUCUCCAAUGUCACUGCUACCCUUACCCUCUGUCUCCAAUGUCACUGCUACCCUUACCCUCUGUCUCCAAUGUCACUGCUACCCUUACCCUCUGUCUCCAAUGUCACUGCUACCCUUACCCUCUGUCUCCAAUGUCACUGCUACCCUUACCCUCUGUCUCCAAUGUCACUGCUACCCUUUACCCCUCUGUCUCCAAUGUCACUGCUACCCUUACCCUCUGUCUCCAAUGUCACUGCUACCCUUACCCUCUGUCUCCAAUGUCACUGCUACCAUUACCCCUCUGUCUCCAAUGUCACUGCUACCCUUACCCCUCUGUCUCCAAUGUCACUGCUACCCUUACCCUCUGUCUCCAAUGUCACUGCUACCCUUACCCUCUGUCUCCAAUGUCACUGCUACCAUUACCCUCUGUCUCCAAUGUCACUGCUACCUUACCCCUCUGUCACCAAUGUCACUGCUACCUUUCCCUCUGUCUCCAAUGUCACUGCUACCUUUACCCUCUGUCUCCAAUGUCACUGCUACCAUUACCCCUCUGUCUCCAAUGUCACUGCUACCUUACCCCUCUGUCUCCAAUGUCACUGCUACCUUACCCUCUGUCUCCAAUGUCACUGCUACCCUUACCCCUCUGUCUCCAAUGUCACUGCUACCCUUACCCCUCUGUCUCCAAUGUCACUGCUACCUUUCCCCUCUGUCUCCAAUCCUCCAAGGGUCUCCCUGCUUCUACCCUUCUGUCUCCAAUCCUCCACUGACCUCACUGCUUCUACCCUUCUGUCUCCAAUCCUCCAAGGACCUCCCUGCUUCUACCCUUCUGUCUCCAAUCCUCCAAGGACCUCACUGCUUCUACCCUUCUGUCUCCAAUCCUCCACUGACCUCACUGCUUCUACCCUUCUGUCUCCAAUCCUCCAGGUCUACCUGCUUCUACCCUUCUGUCUCCAAUCCUCCAAGGGUCUCCCUGCUUCUACCCUUCUGUCUCCAAUCCUCCACUGACCUCCUGCUUCUACCCUUCUGUCUCCAAUCCUCCAAGGACCUCACUGCUUCUACCCUUCUGUCUCCAAUCCUCCAAGGACCUCACUGCUUCUACCCUUCUGUCUCCAAUCCUCCACUGACCUCACUGCUUCUACCCUUCUGUCUCCAAUCCUCCAAGGACCUCCCUGCUUCUACCCUUCUGUCUCCAAUCCUCCAAGGACCUCACUGCUUCUACCCUUCUGUCUCCAAUCCUCCAAGGACCUCCCUGCUUCUACCCUUCUGUCUCCAAUCCUCCAAGGACCUCACUGCUUCUACCCUUCUGUCUCCAAUCCUCCACUGACCUCACUGCUUCUACCCUUCUGUCUCCAAUCCUCCAAGGACCUCCCUGCUUCACUCCAGUCUCAGCCCUAUAGCUUCCCUCAGCUGCAGAAUAUCAACGUUUAAUUAAAAUAAUUAAAGAGAACAGCAAGCAGCAGCCUGUGAAGAUUUGGUCGUCUUUUUUUUUAUUGCUUUUGACAUUGAAUGACCUAUAACUGUACGUGCAUUAUUUGGAGAGAAAGAGGCCAUCCCAUCCUGUCUCCUUGGUGACGGUUUGGUGCACCCUGGCUCUCCGAAACCCAAACGUAAAACCAAGGCAACGGAUGCGACGUACAGAUAAGUAUUGUUCAAAUUAUGUUACCAAGCCUCGCACGCAGCGCAACACCCCCCCCCCAAAAAAAAGCGGUAGUAUAUAUAUUUGUUGUAGAUUUCUCAAGUGUGUUGUCAUGACGCCAAUCCCAAAAUGAUGUCAGCGAGAGAGGAGCAUUGUGGGAGAGGAAAGGCAGCAGCUGAAGAGAAAUGGCUCCAACGAUCCAGUCACUUUGGAUACGGUACUUCAGAUGCAAAAUGGAUAUUCGAGCCGAAACCUGACAAAGCUCGCCCGGUUUUGAUGGGAACCGGUAUAGACAAUGACCAGUGGCUGGGUCAGUGGGAUGUCUCUGUGCAACCAGGGAAGCUUAUCAAAUGACACUAAAAAUAAGUUCAACAACCAUCAAGUUUCAGGGGGAAUGGGCCAGGAUUUUCACAUUUGGUGGGCAUGCGUGUGCACGAGACGGGUUGGGCGCGUACAACGUCGUCUCUGACUUAAUUAUCCCUUUGUUUUGUUUUCUGUGGGGACAGUAAGGGACAGGAGUGACACUGAUGGUCAGAUACACAAUCCUGCUGUAAUAUUACUUUCAUACAUAUAUUUUUAGCCUCAUUUCUCAGUUUAACAUGUUGGUCAGAUAUUACAUGACAUUUUUAUGUUACAUCUGAACCCCUACUAAUGAGUUAUUUACAUACCAGCCAGAACACAGCUAUCCACCCAUCAUCGCUUCACACUGGCUUUAGGAGGCACCUCUAUAUCCUCUUGUGCCAUUUCCAAAUGUUCCAUGGUGAGAUCAAAUGGUUCACUUUUUAUAAAUAUAAAAAUAUUUUUAAUAUUGGUUUAAAAUUGUUAAUACACCAGUGUACUUUGCCUAAGAUUAUUUUCCGAUGAAUAAUUGUAAUGCAUUUUCUUACACUGUUGUUAUUGUGAUGGAUGGAAUUUUUAUGUGAGAUGCCCAAAAGAGACACAUUUUGCCUUUAAAAAAAAGUUGGUUUGAAUGUAGUUAUUUCACUAUAUCUUGUUGUCAUUUUAUUUAGAAUUGGAUCCAUUUUGCUAAAAUAUAUUCUAUAUUUGUUUGAUUCACGUUUGGAAGGAUGUAAAAUUGAUGAAUAUUUAGUUUUUUUUGAAAACAGAAACAUGUUUAAAAAAAAAUGGUCAUCAAAAAAGUGUUGGACUAUUGUUUAAAACACUGUAUGUUGCUAUAAUUUAGAUCAGGAAGUUUUAUAAAAUUCAUUUACAGUUUGAAAAUCAUAUUUUUUUUAACAUUAUAGCAGAAUAGCAAAGUAGUCUAACACAUUAUUCACAGCAUUGGGCAACGUUUCUCUUUCUGAAGUAAAAUAAAUGCCCUUUUUAUUGUC